AUGACGAAUAACAAGAAUCAAGAGGCAGCGAUAAAAAGUUUGGAAACUCAACAUUGCAAAGCGGUGGUGACAAGGACUGGGCAAAAAGGAAGUAAUAAUGAAACUGAAAAGAAUGUGGUUGAAGAUAAUACGGAAGAGGAGGCUGAAAAACAUGACGGAGAAGAUGAAGAAUAUGAAAUUAUCAAUACUAAUGCUGAAGAAGAGAAUGUGAAUAAAGAGGUCAAAAAGAAAGAAAAGCUGAAAAGAAGAAGCAGUAGAGAAAAGUUGGCAAGCAACGUGAUACCCAGUCAACAUUUACCAUAUCCUCAUGUGCCAUCAAAGAAGGACCACGCCAAGCAAUAUGCAAGUGCCAUAAUAUCACACCUUCCUCAAAAAGCAAGAGACCCCGGAAGAGUCACAUUGCCGGUUACAAUUGGCAAUCAAAAUAUCGGGAAUGGAAUAAUUGAUUUAGGAUCAAGUAUCAACCUAAUUCCUCUAUCAAUAGUGAAGCGGUUGGGAAAUAUUGAGAUGAAGUCAACAAGAAUGACUUUACAGUUAGCAGACAAAUCAACCACUCUACCUUAUGGUGUUGCACAAGACAUGUUAGUGAAAGUUGACAAAUUCUUGUUUCCGGUAGACUUCGUUGUGAUUGACAUGGAAGAAGACAAGGAGUCACCUAUCAUUCUUGGGAGACCAUUCAUGAAAACAGUCCGAAUGAUGAUCGACAUUGAUGAUGGUAUAAUGAAGUUAAGAGUUCAAGAUGAAGAGGUAUGCUUUAACCUCUACGAUGCCAUGAAGCAACCAAAAGACAAGAAUGAUUGUUUUCGCAUGGAUGCUACUGAAGAGAGUGCAGUGGAAGUGGCGAACCACAUUCAUCUAUCUAGCCCUUUAGAGAGAUCUCUUGUUGAAUCUUUCAAUAUAAAGAAGGAGAUAAACCUGUCGUUAUCAGUUCUAAGUUGA